AUGGAGAGCCAGGCUGCAGCAGAGCCUUCAGACUUGCACGAGGGGGAGGAGGGGGGAGCGGGUAGGAAGAAGACAGAUCCAGACAGACGCCAUGACGGAGAGAACAGAAAAGAGAAGGAGAGGCGUACGGCAGAGAACGGUUCCACUAACGAAGGCGAGCGACAUGAGCUCUGUCAGGGUUGUGGUUCUGUCGUGGCUCAGUUGUGGUUCUGUCGUGUUUGUGUUUGGGUUGUGGUCCCGUGUUGCUUGCCUUCUCCAGAAGGGAGAAAGGAGCUGAUGGCAGGAGAGGCUCUGGACCGCAGGAAGAGGUGGGAGCCCAGUGUCUUCUACUCUGUUGGGAAGGAGUCCUUCUUCUUCGCUGGUCAUGACAUCACCAUUCAUGAGUCUCUGGACUCCUAUGGCGCUCUCAUCUGGCCUGGGGCAGUAGCUUUGUGUCAGUUCUUGGAAAACAACAGUCAGCAGGUGAACCUGAUGGACAAGGCCGUUCUGGAGAUAGGAGCUGGGACCGGCCUGCUGUCCAUCGUGAGCAGUCUGCUAGGUGCCUGGGUGACAGCCACUGACCUUCCUGAAAUCCUGUCCAAUUUGACCUUUAACCUCUCACGGAACACCAAGGGCCGCUGCCGCUACACGCCUCAGGUGAUGGCCCUGACCUGGGGUCGCGACUUAGAGAGGGAUUUCCCCCUCUCCGCUUGUCACUAUGACUACGUACUGGCGGCAGACGUGGUCUAUCAUCAUGACAACCUAGACGAGCUCCUUGCAACCAUGCAUCACUUCCUGCGACCAGGAAGUGGGACCACGCUGCUGUGGGCCAAUAAGGUGAGGUUCCAGUCGGAUGUGCGGUUCACAGAGAGCUUCAAGAGCAGCUUCAACGCCACCCUGCUGUCAACACUGCCCCAGCAGGAAGUCCACAUCUACAGAGCCACGGCACGGGAAUGA